AUGUUCCCGGGCUGCCCACGCCUCUGGGUCCUGGUGGUCCUGAGCAUCAGCUGGGCAGGCUGGGGGAGCCAAGUGGCCGAAGCAGCGCGGCUAAGGCAGUUUUACGUGGCUGCUCAGGGCAUCAGUUGGACCUACCGCCCCGAACCCACAAACGCAAGUUUGAAUCCUUUUGCAACUUCCUUUAAGAAAAUUGUGUACAGAGAGUAUGAACCAUAUUUUAAGAAAGAAAAACCACGAUCUAGCAUUUCAGGACUUCUAGGGCCUACUUUGUAUGCUGAGGUUGGAGACAUCAUGAAGGUUCACUUUAAGAACAAGGCAGACAAGCCCUUAAGCAUCCAUCCUCAAGGAAUUAGGUACAGUAAAUUCUCAGAAGGUGCUUCCUACACUGACCACACAUUCCCUGUGGAGAAAAUGGAUGAUGUUGUAGCUCCAGGCCAAGAAUACACCUAUGAGUGGACUGUCAGUGAGGACAGUGGGCCCACGUAUGAUGACCCUGCAUGCCUCACAUACAUCUAUUACUCCUAUGAAAAUCUGACACAGGACUUCAACUCUGGGCUGAUUGGACCUCUGCUUAUCUGUAAGAAAGGCACCCUAACUGAGGAUGGGACUCAGAAGUUGUUUGACAAGCAACAUGUGCUGCUGUUUGCUGUGUUUGAUGAAAGCAAAAGCUGGAGUCAGUCAUCAGCCCUCAUGUACACAGUCAAUGGCUAUGUGAAUGGGACAAUGCCAGAUAUAACAGUUUGUGCCCAUGACCACAUCAGCUGGCAUCUGCUUGGAAUGAGCUCAGGGCCAGAAAUGUUCUCCAUCCAUUUCAAUGGCCACGUCCUGGAGCAAAACCAUCAUAAGGUCUCAGCCAUCACCCUCGUCAGUGCUACAUCCACUACUGCAAAUAUGACUGUGAGCCCAGAGGGAAAGUGGAGCAUAUCUUCUCUCACUCCAAAACAUCUUCAAGCUGGGAUGCAAGCUUACAUCAACAUUAAAAACUGCCCAAAGAAAACCAGGAAACUUCAGAAACCAACUCGUGAACAGAGGCGGUAUAUUAAGAGGUGGGACUAUUUCAUUGCUGCAGAAGAAGUCAUUUGGGACUAUGCACCUGUAAUACCAGAAAAUAUGGACAAAAAAUACAAGUCUCUGCACUUGGAUAAUUUCUUAAAUCAAAUCGGAAAACAUUAUAAGAAAGUUGUUUACAGACAGUACCAAGAUGAGACCUUCACCAAACGUGAAGAAAAUAUCAAUAUCAAAGAAGAUGGGAUUUUGGGCCCUAUUAUCAGAGCCCAGGUCAGAGACACCCUCAAAAUCACAUUCAAAAACAUGGCCAGCCGCCCCUAUAGCAUUUACCCUCAUGGAGUGACCUUUUCUCCUUAUGAAGAUGAAGUCAACUCUUCCUCCACCUCAGGCAGUAACACCAUGAUCAGAGCAGUUCAACCAGGGGAAACCUAUACUUAUAAGUGGAACAUCCUAGAGUUUGAUGAACCCACAGAAAAUGAUGCCCAGUGCUUAACAAGACCAUACUACAGUGACGUGGAUAUCACAAGGGACAUUGCCUCUGGGCUGAUAGGGCUACUUCUAAUUUGUAAGAGCAGAUCCCUGGACAGGCGAGGCAUACAGAGGGCAGCAGACAUUGAGCAGCAGGCUGUCUUUGCUGUGUUUGAUGAGAACAAGAGCUGGUACAUUGAGGACAACAUCAACAAGUUUUGUGAAAAUCCUGAUGAGGUGAAUCGUGAUGACCCCAAGUUUUAUGAAUCAAACAUCAUGAGCACUAUCAAUGGCUAUGUGCCUGAGAGCAUACCCACUCUAGGAUUCUGCUUUGAGGACACUGUCCAGUGGCACUUCUGCAGUGUGGGGACGCAGGAUGACAUUUUGGCCUUUCACUUUACUGGGCAUUCAUUCAUCUAUGGAAAGAGACAUGAGGACACCUUGGCCCUCUUCCCUAUGCAUGGAGAAUCUGUGACUGUCACAAUGGAUAAUAUUGGAACUUGGAUGUUAACUACCAUGAAUUCAAGUCCAAGAAACAAAAAUCUAAGGUUGAAAUUCAGGGAUGUUAAAUGUAUCCGGGAUUAUGAUGAAGACUCAUAUGAGAUUUACAAGCCUCCAGCAUCUACAGCCAUGGCUACACGGAAAAUGCAUGAUUCUUCAGAAAACAAAAAUGAAGAGGAUGUUGAUGAAUAUGAUUACCAGUAUACACUGGCCUCAUCAUUAGGACUUAGGUCAUUCAUAAAUUCAUCACUGACUUGGGAGGAAGAUAAGCUCAAUCUUACUGCCCUAGCUCUGGAGAACAGCUCUGAAUUAACUUCUCCAAAUACAGAUACAGCUGUUGGUUCAAAUUCUUCCUCCCUAAGUAAUACUAGUAGGUUCAUUGGCAAUAACCUCACAGAACCUCAGAAAACACUUCAUCACCCAGGAGCUGCCACAGUUGGUCCCCCGCUGGGACACCUCUUUGGUUUAGACAACAACUCUGUUCUCAAUCUUUCCACAGCAGAGCACUUCAGCCCUUAUUCUGAACACCCUAUAGAGGAUCCUCUACAGUCAGAUAUCACAAGGAUAAGCCUACUUCCACUUGAUGCAGAAGGACUCAGAAGUAAGGAGCGUGCAAAACACAGGGGAUCCAAGGCAGAAAGAGACCAAGCAACGAAACACAUGUUCUCUUGGGUGGAAUCACAAGCACAUAAGAUUAGGAGAAAUUUAAACCAAGACAACACUUCUCCUUCCAGAACGGGGCCCUGGGAGGACCUCCCUAAUGAUCUGUUACUCUUAAAACAAAGGAAACCAUCUAAGAUUUUGAAUGGGAAAUGGCAUGUGGUUUCUGAGAAAGGUAGCUAUGAAAUAAUCCCAGAUACUGAUGAAUACUUGGCUGUUAAUAAGCUGCUGAAGAGCCCCCAGAAUGCCUCAAGGACUUGGGAAGAAAGCACCCCUCAUCCACACAAGCCUGGAAAGCAGAGUGGCCACCCGACAUUUUCUAGAAAUAGGUAUAAAUCUCCACAAGGAAGACAGGGUGGAGGAAACAGUGGACUGAAGAAAAGCCCAUUUUUCAUUAGGACACGAAAAAGGAAAAAGGAAGAGAAGCUUGCACACCGUGUUCCUGUAUCUCCAAGGGGCUUUCACCCUCUAAGAGGAGAAGCCUACACCACAUUUUCAGACAAGAUACCUGAUUACUCAUUGUCCAAUGAAACAUCUCUUCCCACAGACCUCAAUCAGACAUUCCCCUCUAUGAAUCUUAGCCUGAUAGCCUCACUUCCUGACCAUCACCAGAACCCCCCAAACGACACUGGUCCGACAAGCUCCCUUCCAGAUCUUUAUCAGACAGUGCCCCCAGAGGAAGGCUAUCAAACACUCCCGAUUCAAGACCCUGAUCAAAUGCUCUCUACUGCAGACCCCCGUCACAGAUCCUCUUCACUGGAGCUCAGCCAGAUACUCAACUAUAACCUAAGUCAUGAGCCUUUCCCUAUCGUCAUUGGUCAAAUGUCCCCUUCCUUGGAACAUGAAGUCUGGCAGACUACCGUGUCUCCAGACCUCAGUCAACCAUCCCAAUCCCCAGACCUCUCUCUAGAACUUGGUCAGACAAACCCUUCCCUAGACCUCAGGCAGACAACCCUCUCUCCAGAACACAGUCAGACAAGCCUUUCCCCAGAAUUGAGCCAGACGACCCUCUCUCAGAUGCCAUCUCUUCCACCAUCUCCUACACUCGAUGACACUUUUAUGUCAAAGGAAUUUAAUCCACUGGUUGUAGUGGGCUUCAGUGGAGAUGACGGAGAUUACACUGAGAUUAUUCCAGGACAGGAGGUUCAGAACAGUGAAGAAGACUAUGCUGAAAUUACUUAUGUGGCCUAUGAUGACCCCUACAAAACUGAUAUGACUGACACCAACUACUCCAGAAAUCCUGACAACAUUGCAGCAUCGUACAUCCGCAGCAAGAAUGAAAACAGAAGAAAUUAUUACAUUGCAGCUGAAGAGAUAUCCUGGGAUUAUUCAGAAUUUGCACAAAGUAAAGUGGAUAAUGAAGACACCUAUGAUAUUCCAGAGGACACCAUAUAUAAGAAAGUAGUUUUUCGGAAGUACACUGAUAGCACUUUUACCAGGCGUGAUCCUCGGGGAGAGUAUGAAGAGCAUCUUGGCAUUCUUGGUCCUGUUAUUAGAGCUGAAGUGGAUGAUAUUAUCCAAGUUCAUUUUAAAAAUUUAGCAUCUAGACCAUAUUCUCUUCAUGCGCAUGGGCUUUCCUAUAAAAAAUCAUCAGAGGGAAAGACUUAUGAAGAUGACUCUCCUGAAUGGUUUCAGGAAGAUAAUGCUGUUCAGCCAAACAGAACUUAUACGUAUGUGUGGUAUGCCACUGGGCGAUCAGGUCCAGAAAACCCUGGAUCUGCCUGUCGGGCUUGGGCCUACUACUCAGCGGUGAACCCGGAAAAAGAUAUCCACUCGGGCUUGAUAGGUCCUCUUCUGAUCUGCCAAAAAGGAACACUUCACAGGGAGAGCAACAUGCCUGUGGACAUGAGAGAAUUUGCCUUACUUUUUAUGGUCUUUGAUGAAAAGAAGAGCUGGUACUAUGAAAAGAAGGCCAGAAGGUCUUGGAGACAUGUAUCCUCAGAAGUUAAAAAGACCCAUGAGUUUCAUGCCAUUAACGGGAUGAUCUACAACUUGCCUGGCUUGAGAAUGUACGAGCAAGAGUGGGUGAGGUUACAUCUGCUAAAUGUGGGCGGCCCUCAAGAUAUUCAUGUGGUUCACUUUCAUGGCCAGACCUUGCUGGAAAAUGGCACUCAACAGCACCAGUUAGGGGUCUGGCCCCUUCUACCUGGUUCAUUUAAAACUCUUGAAAUGAAGGCAUCCAAACCUGGCUGGUGGCUUCUAGAUACAGAAGUUGGAGAAAACCAGAGAGCAGGGAUGCAAACACCAUUUCUCAUCAUAGACAAAGAAUGUAAAAUGCCAAUGGGACUAAGCACUGGUAUCAUAACUGAUUCACAGAUCAAGGCUUCUGAGUAUCUGAGUUAUUGGGAACCCAAAUUAGCAAGAUUAAACAACGGUGGGUCAUAUAAUGCUUGGAGCAUAGAAAAGCAUGCAAUUGAAUUUGCCUCUAAACCUUGGAUCCAGGUGGACAUGCAAAAAGAGGUUGUGGUGACAGGGAUCCAGACCCAAGGUGCCAAACACUACCUGAAAUCUUGCUAUACCACUGAGUUCUAUGUGGCUUACAGUUCUGACCAAACCAACUGGCAGAUCUUCAAAGGGAACAGCACAAGUAAUAUUAUGUAUUUUGAUGGCAAUUUAGAUGCUUCUACAAUAAAAGACAAUCGGUUUGAUCCACCUAUUAUGGCUAGAUAUAUUAGGAUCUCUCCAACCAGAUCCUAUAACAGACCUACCCUUCGAUUGGAGCUGCAAGGUUGUGAGGCUAAUGGAUGCUCCACACCACUGGGAAUGGAAAGUGGGAAGAUAGAAAACAAGCAAAUCACAGCUUCCUCAUUUAAAAAAUCUUGGUGGGGAGAUUACUGGGAACCCUCACGUGCCCGUCUUAAUGCCCAGGGCCGUGUGAAUGCCUGGCAAGCCAAGGCAAACAACAAGGAACAGUGGUUACAAAUUGAUCUGCUCAAAAUCAAGAAAAUAACUGCAAUUAUAACACAGGGCUGCAAGUCUCUGUCCUCUGAAAUGUAUGUGAAGAGCUAUGCCAUCCACUACAGUGAUAAGGGAGUGGAAUGGAAACCUUACAGGCAGAAAUCCUCCACGGUGGACAAGAUUUUUGAAGGAAAUAGUAAUACCAAAGGACAUGUGAAGAAUUUUUUCAAGCCACCAAUCAUUUCCAGAUUUAUCCGCAUCAUUCCUAAAACAUGGAAUCAAAGUAUUGCGCUUCGCCUGGAACUCUUUGGCUGUGAUAUUUACUAG